AUGGAUAGAUCAACCAUUCAUAUUGUUUAUGAAUAUGUGUUUUGUCGUGGAACCAGUACAUCAGAGACAGCUGGAAACAUCAAUAAGGUGUUUGGUGAAGAUGUGACGAAUGAGCGCACUGUAUGUCAAUGGUUUCAGAAGUUCCGGUCUGGUGACUUCACUCUUGAAAAUCAACCCCGUGGUAGACCUCAGACCAAGGUGGAUAAUGAUGAGUUGCAAACUGUAGUGGAAAUGGAUACAUCUCAAACUACGCAUUCAAACAGUCAUUGCAGCCAACCUUCAGUUUUUCUAAGCCCCGUGAAAGAACUUGAAAGUUUGGACCUCCAGCCAAGAUAUUCGUGA